UUGUACGAACAGCCAAUGAGGAAUCGACAACUCGCUUCUACUGUUACAUCCGGUUCAUAUAAGUGUACACGCGAGCAGUUGAGUCUUCAGAAAGAGUGGAAUCGUUGUUUUCAAUUUCGGGACUCUAGUUUUGUAACUGAAAGUGACAACGUUCGUGUGAAGAUGAGGGGCUUAACCAGUGUGUUGUCAAUGUGCCUUGUCUUAACGCUGGUACUCGCAGAGAAUAAAGAGAAUGCAGAGACGAAGGAACAGGUCCUCCCGGCUGGCCACGCCCAGCACGACCCCCUGGGGGGACAGAAGGAGACUGCUGACGGGGAGAGGAACAAACAUCGCGAUCACGAAGCUGUCUUAGGUUCCCGAGAAGAAGCACUGGAUGCUGAUGACCUGACACCCGCACAGGCCAAGAACAGGCUGGAGCAGCUGGCCAAGUCACACGACCUGGAUAAAGAUGGGAAAAUCUCGAAGGAAGAGUUCAUCACAUGGAUCAUGCAGUCUCUCAAGUCUCUGGAUGAAGAAGAGGCUCUGAAACUGUUGACUGAGCAGGAUGGGGAUGGUGAUGGGAAGCUGACUUUCGGAGAGUACCUCAAGCAGCAGUAUGACUACUCCCAGGAGGAGGUGAAAGCCAUGAAGGCAAAAGGUGAUGCAGAUGACAAGUCCAUAUUGGAGGUCAUCGAUGAGGAUGAGAAGCGUUUCACAGCAGCUGACCUGGACAAGGAUGGAUCUCUAGACAAGAGCGAGUAUGUGGCCUUCGUCCAUCCCUAUGACUACGAGCAUAUGUAUGCCUUCGAGGUCCAGCACCGCUUGAAGGACUUUGACAAGGACAAUGACACUGCUGUGUCUCUGGCAGAGUUUAUCGGAGGGAUCAAGACAGAACGGUCUUUGCUGUUUUCCUCUGCAAAUACCGUUGACAUCUCACAACAAUCUGACACCAGCGACCAAACCAUCUCAACAUUUAAUUUCAAUAAUGAGAAAAAUUUAAAUGUUGAGGAUCUCGAUACUGAUACUAUCGCCGUGGACAAGAUGAAGUUCAAGAAGUUCGACACCAAUGGCGACAACUUCCUCAAGGAUGAUGAGCUGACAAAAUGGCUUACCCAGGGAAUGCAGGAAACUGCCGCGGAGGAGGUCGAAUACUUGAUAAGCAAGGCCGAUACAAAUAAAGAUGGCUUCCUGUCCAUCGAGGAGAUCCGUAACGCUGAUGAGGACUUUAUCGCCAGCAAGGCCACCGACUAUGGCGAGACAUUGCUCAAAUUCAAAGACGAGUUGUAACUUUUCCUGUAUUAGACCUGUACAUAACCUUUUUCAUUCUUCAUCAAGGCAUAUCUCCA